GGAGGAGGUGGAGGAGGAGGAUGGAACAAAACCCAACUUCAGCUGGACUGCCCCUUUCCAAACCAGCGUUUGUUCCUGAUUUAUGCUUUUGUGUUUCCCUUAAAACGUGCGGCUCCGUGCAGCAGGGGCAGAGCUCGCGGCCGCGCUCCGGAGUAAACCAGGCUUUGCUUUUCCUUUCCUUUUUGUAGCUUUUUUUGGCAAAAGCUUCGUGUCUAGAUAAACCCAGCCAGUUUCCAGCUCUCUCCUCGAGCUGGGGGUUUGUGUCUCCUGCAGUUCUGGGGAGAGGUUGAUCCCUCUGGGCCUGUGGCACGCUCUGGACGAGAAGAAAUGUCCUUUUGCGGAGAAGUCGGGCCGGGGCCCGGGCGGUGAGGCUGGCACAGAGCAGCACCCGGCACUGGAGCACAGCAAGUCCCUGACACCUUCUCUGCUUCUGCUCGGACGAGAAACAUUGGGAACCUCAGCUCUUCCUGCAGCAGAUUAAUGCCUAAAAUUACACACCCUAAACAGGAGGGUUUAAUUACCAGAGCUGUGAAUAGUUUAAUUAGUUUGUUCUGACCUUGGAAGAAGGACCUGCCCAGCACCGUAGAGCGACAGGAGAGCAAGACUGGUGUUGCUUCCCACAGCCAUGUCGUCCCUGUACACCAGGAGUAAGGAAUACACUCGCAGCAGGAAGGCUCAGUCAGACUCUCCCCCGUCCUCUCCUUCCCCGAUCGCAAAGACACUCAGACAUGAAAGACUUUCCAGGCUGGAAGCAGCGAACGCCAGCAGCAGCGAGCCGUCCUACGGCGAGCGCGCCUCCGGCCGCUGCAGCGCCUACAGCCGCAGGGAGAGCCGGCUCAGCGCCCUCGGCAGCCGCGCCGACGACGACAGCAGCAGGGACUACAGAAAGUUGUACGAGAGUGCCCUGUCUGAAAAUCAGAAGCUGAAGUCAAAGCUGCAAGAAGCCCAGCUUGAGCUGGCUGAUAUCAAAGCAAAGUUGGAAAAAGCAGCCCAGCAGAAACAGGAGAAAACUUCUGACCGGUCCAGCAUGCUGGAGAUGGAGAAGAGGGAGAAGCGAGCCCUGGAGCGGAAACUCUCUGAAAUGGAGGAGGAAAUGAAGAUUUUGACAGAGCUGAAGUCAGACAACCAAAGGCUGAAGGAUGAGAACGGAGCCCUCAUUCGUGUCAUCAGCAAACUCUCCAAAUAGGAAUCCUGAGCAGAGGCAGGACAAGGAGGGGUGUCCUACACCAGCUGCCAACCCCACCACUAAGCCCUCCCCCCUUUCCUUCCCCCCACGUACAGCAAGCGUUUCAGCUGUGGGAUCAAUGUCACACCUGCCUUGCCCUGCCCUUUGCUGUACAUUCCCUUCCUACCCCUCUUUCCUCCCAACACACCCCCUGCCAUUCUAUUUUUUUUUUUUUAAUUUAUGCAUGUUGUGGUAUCUCAGACAUUUUAUUCAAGGGAGAAAUGUGAGGACUGGGUUUGAGCUGCCAAACCUUCUUCCAGAAGCUCAGUAUUUGGUUUUGGCCUCUGACCGGGAGUGGGAAGCUCCUGCUGUAAAAAGUGACAUCUGAAGAACUAACCCAGCAUAUCCAAGCCCUUUACAGGUGGGAAAUGUGAACAUGGGCUGGGACUCUGAGGAUGCACAUCAGCCCACUGAGAUGUGGGACUCUGGCUAAAUGUGAUGCUGUGAAAGCCACCAGAGCUCGUGUUUGUCACAGGCUGAUGAGCUGUUUUGCACAAAGACCUUCUCCUCUUUCCCCAGCAGACUGAGUCUUCUAUUUAAGAUAAGGUUUUGAACCUGUUCAGUAACAUCAGUGCUGACAGUCAGUGUCAGACCCUUAUCCCUCACCCUCCCUUUCCCUCACAGCCUGGGUGAUCUGUGUCACAUCGUGUCCUUCCAGAGCUCUGUCUCUCUGGUUGGUAGCAUCCGGUCACCACCUGGACCCUUGUUCCUUGGGACAGGAUAUAUCCCAGGCACUUGCUGAGCUUUCUGAAGGACAAACUUGAACCCCUACAGACCCUCUGCUGCUCUCACCUGUGUGUGAGCGUGAAUCACCUUGCUGGGAGCUAUGCCCAUGCCAGAAACCAGCCUCCCCUUCCCAACAGCCAUCUGGGACAUUCUCCUGCUGCCUCCCUGAAGGCAGAGCCCCAUUGCAGAGCCUGGUCUGGUGUUUUGGCUGCCCCUCCUGCUAUGAUUUGCAGCAGAAAUUGUAGAGAGCAUAUGCCAGCAUCCUGUCCCACACACCUUGGAAAGGUAAGGGUGUGUCAGUAUCAGAGGGACAAGGAGCUGCUGGGAACUGAAUCACCAUGAUGAAAGUCUUCUGACCUGUCAAAAACUUGUGAUAAGCUUUGACUUUGAAGGAAACCUCCAGAAAUACUCCUCUUUAAUGUUACAUGUACUUUGAACAGUUUGGAAUUGUUCUCUCCCAUGGGCAUUUCGACAUUGGCUCCUCUCUCCAUGCUGUGGGACAUCAUCAGGUCUGACUCUUCUCAAACAAUACCUUCCCUCUCAGAAACAUCCUGCUGUAUCAAAAACGUUCUCCCAUCUACAUCCUUCUGUAUUUGUCCUUUCAUCCCCUUUGUCCUUCAACUCCCCAGAUUUUGUCUGGCCAAGGGCAGCAAUUCUUGGUCACUGAACCUGGAGGUGGCCAUGAAGCACCUCUACCAUGUUCCUGAGCAGCUCUGCUGGCUCUGGCUGGGGGGUCUCUCCACUGCCAGAGAGAUGAGAUACUUGAACAUGAGCAGAAUACUUGAGCUUGCUGAACAGGGUAAAACUUACCUUGUGUUGGGCAGUCCUGGCCUUUUUCCAGCCUCUUGCUUGUUCCUGCCUCAGAAAGCCUCUCCGUUUUUCUCUUCCUGGGGUUUUCUCUCUUUGUUCCCCCCCCUCCCCAGUUCUCCAUUUUCCACCCUUCCCCUCCCUGUCCUGCCUGUUUCCACCUCUCUUGCUCUUCCUGGAGCUGCCAGGUUUCCCCAGGCAGCUCUGACCAUAAGUUGCUCUUCAGCUGGUGGAGCCGUUUGUGCAGCUGAGGCACCGUUUCUCCUGGUACACUGAGGCCCUUCCUCUGCUGCUGAGCUUUGGGAGGAAGAGACCAAAGCUGCUAAAGGCAUCAGGGUUUCUGCAGAGCACUGCCUAAGCCAGGCAUCCUUUUUAUAUUCCUUGAUUUUAACCCUGCUCUAUUUAACAGCUUUAAGUCUUGAGAUCCGGUCAAUGCUUCCCCUGCACGCCGUUCCCCCUGGUGCACUCUUCAUGUGAGUUCUUCUGCCGUUCUUGGUGUUUUCUCUCUUGGUGACCUCUCCUCGCUCCAGCCCUGGGCUCUGCCUCUGCUCAGGAGGUCAGGGGCAGGAGCCUGGUCCCUCCUGUGCCACGUGGAGGAGACGCUCCCCAGCUGGGCCAGCGCCUCAGGCCACGCAUCUCAGCAGGAUGGGGAGGAGAGCUGAGAAUAAAGAUCCUGUUCUUCUCACAGGCGGGUUCCUGGCAGCAGGAGGAAGCCUGAUGUCUGUUUUAGGGAGAGGGUUCAACCCAAUCUGACAAAUCCAUCCUGCACUGAUGUUUUUCCCCUUCCUACCAGGACAUUCACUGUGCUUUUUCCCAAGGAACAGAGUGGAAAGGCUGUGGGAGGCUCAUUCUUCUGAGUGGCACCUUGCAAAGCCAAAU